GGUAGUACCUAACCAACUUGAACUGGGCCUAUAUUGCUACAAGAGCAAAGAAAGGCCCAUAAUCCAUAUGACGAACUCAGCGCCCUUUCAAUAGUUGGUCCAAGUUUCUCCGUAGACUGGUCUGGUCCGACAAACGACCACAGGCAAAGACAUCCAGUCGUCGCGUCGGUCGAUCACCGGAGACACAAAAACAAAGCGGCAAGCAGGUCGGAAGGAGAGCGGAAACCCUAUUCCCCCAAAUUAUCCAUUUGGUACGAAAGCUCAUCUCUCUCUCGCUCUCUUCUCUGCCAUCUUUGAAUUUAGCUCUUUAACUGCUUCUAGCUUCGAACUCAGCUCUUCGGCUCUCUAAUUUUCACUUGCAUUCUGCACAAUUCAGGUUCGAAUGAACUUUCUGCUUUACUUUGCUACAUUUUCAAUGAUGUUGUUUCUUCUUUUCCCAGAAUUCGUGAGUUACCGUGAACUUCCUUGAAUGGUUUCCCUUUCAUUGCUCCUUAUCCACUUGGAUCUUUCAGUUCCUGAUAACCCCAGGAGUUGUGUUUCGAGCUGCAACUUUGGUUUUUGAGUUCUUUUUUCUUCAUUAGGAUCUGGUUAAUUAAUGAUCUGCUCUUCGUUGAGAUUCAUUGCUUGCUACUUUGCAGAUUGAGUAAGUUUUGGAGGAGCUAGGGUUGUGGAUGUUUUGGAUUCUGUGAUAUGGUGGCUAUUCCUUGGUAGAAGAGCAAGAAUUGAGGUGGUUUUGACUCUUCUUCUGCAAUGUCAUCCAAGCAAAGCUACAAGAGGGUUGAUACUUUGGAGAUCAAGGCUCUACUUACUAAAAGGAUUGGGCAUCAUAGAGCUGACAAGUACUUUGACCAGCUCACAAGAUUGAUUAGUUUGAAGACCACCAAAUCGGAGUUCGAUAAAUCUUGUGCUAGGAUCGUCGGCAGAGAAAAUAUCCCCCUUCACAACCAGCUCAUUAGAUCGAUUCUCAAGAAUGCUAGCCUCGGAAAGGUUCCUCCGCCACUUGGAAGUAUAAAAAGAGUACCCACUACCCCAAAUGCUAAAGUUUUGGAUAGAAGUAGCCUCCAGUCGCUCUAUGGGGAAGCAGCAUUUUCUCCAUCCACACGAAAGGGCAGGUCCCCUAUUAACCGCAAGUUUAAGGACCGUCCUAGUCCGCUUGGGCCACUUAGCAGCAAGCCCCAGAAUGUGCUAUUAAGUGAUGAGUUGAUUUCAAGGGCACAGGAACAACAACAAAGUGCUACAGAGUUGCUUUCUCUUGGUAGUAGACCGCCACCUGUGGACGUUGCAUCAGUGGAAGAAGGGGAAGAGGUUGAACAAUUUGCUGGAAGUCCCGGUGUUCAGAGUAGAUGUCCUGUUACUGCUCCUUUUGGAAUAUCGAUGAAUUUGGGUCGUAAAGCUUUAUCAAACUUGUCUCUAUGUGGUAGGGCUACUACUAACCUUCAUCACGGGACGUGUCAGAACAGUGGUGAGCUACCUGAUACAAGAUUAUUAAGGAACCGUUUGCAGCAGAAGUUGCAGGCAGAGGGUAUGCAUGUGUCAUUGGAUUGUGUUAACCUGCUGAAUAAUGCAUUGGAUGCAUAUUUGAAGAGGCUGGUUGAGCCUUGUCUGGGUUUAGCAGCUUGCUCAAGGUCUAGAAGUGGCGGCUUCUUGCAUGACGCAGCAAGAAGUAGCCGCUUCAUGAUGCGAGGUUCAGAGGGGGUAUCUCGUUCUGGGUCAAUGCUGGACUUCCGGAUAUCGGCAGAGUCAAACUCCCAAAUGUUUGGAGCUGAUUGGGCUGUGCAGCUGGAGAAAGUUACCUUGCGUGCUUCUGAGGAGUGGUGAUUGAUGAGUUCUAGCAACAUCAUUAGGCAAAAUAACUACUGAUUGAUUGGAAAUCAGUGAAUACAACGCAUGACAUUGAUGGGGACUCAUUUAUAGCAGUCGAUUGGUUUACUGAGUUUUGCUGUUGACUUGUGCGGGAAUUCUUGCGAGGUUUGGGCGUUUGGCUGAAGGGAAUGAGUCCAGCCUGCUGUAUUUGCUGAUAAGAGGCGACAUGUUUUUAAUAAUAUUACGAGUACUGAUGAGUGAUGACCAGUGAAGGAAAAACAUGUUAUACUAGUACAGUUUUGGGAGUUUCUACAUCGUUGGGAAGUUUAGGAACAUUCUUCCUCAACUAGCUUCUGUCCUGAUUUUCUUAUCAGCAUCUUGUAGCAAUGUAAUAACAUUAUCAAUGAAAU